AUGGCGGCCCCGCGCGCGCCGCCGCCGCCGCGCCUGCCGCCCUGCGCGCGCGCCCCGACGGGCCCGCCCAUUGGCCGCCGCCGCCGUCCGCGCGCCCGGCCGCCGCCUCGCCAUUGGCCGGCGGGCCCGUCGGACCGCGGCCCCAUUGGGCGCGGCGGCGUCACGGCGGUGCCGGCGGCGGGAGCGGGGAGCGAACCGAGCCAACCGGGAGCGGCGGCGGCGGCGGGCGCAGCCAGUGGCGAGCGGCGAUCCUCAGCGCCAAUGGGAGCUGCGCCUCCAGCCCCUAUUUAUAGCGGCGCCGGGAGUGCCCGCCGCCUCUCCCGCUGGGCUCCUGCUGCGCCGCGCCAUGCGGCCCGGGCAGCGCCCGCCCCGCGCACGGCGUUUGCCCGCCGAGUGGCCGCGGAGUCCAGCCGCGGGAGGCGGCAGCGGAGCUGUGCCCCGGCUGCCGUGAGGAGGGCCGAUGGCUGCUCCCGCCUCGAGGGACACGGAGGACACCCGCGGAAGGAGGCGGCCGCACAUCCCCAUACACACCCUCCCACCAUCACCCCCCCGGCGCCCCCCGUCGCUUCCCGCCGCUCCCCGUGCCGGGAAGGCGCGGCCCCGCUGCCGCCGCCCGGAAGCCGCGGGGCGCGCCCGGAAGACGGUGGCGGCCGGGAGGCGGUGCCGGGGCUGCCACGUUGGAGCGGUUCGGGGACGGGUGAGCGCCGGGGACGCCGAGUGGAGAGUUAUUCCUCCCCUCCCCCCGGGUGUGCUCUGGAGACGAUGGCUUAG